CUUCCACUAAACUCUCGAAACCAGCGUAUUUCACUGCUCUGCUCAAGCUCUACCCGCAUUCCUUCCUUACUUGCUUCCCAUUCUAGAACUAGUCUCAACAUCUUCCUUCGUUCUUUGAUAGCUGUACAGCCAUGGCAGACCCUGUGGCCGACAUCAACGUGGACUCUAGACAACUAGCGGAGCUCAAUGAGCAGAAGGACGCGCUGUUGUCGAAGGUCGCAACACUAAAGAAGGAGCUGCAAGACUGGCGGAUAAAGCUGGACACGCAAGUGAAGACCUAUCGGACGGAAGUUGGCGACCUGCGCAAAACACUCAACACGGAGGUGGAGGGGUUGCGGUCAGAGUUCAUGGAGCUGAAGACGGCGCUCAAGCAGCAGCUGGAGCUGACGGCAGGGCUAGCAUCACAGGAGGUCAACGACGCAGAGGCCCGGCUGCAGCAGCUCCAACAGCAGCAUUGAGUCCGGACGGCAUGGAGGGGGACUGGUGCUGGAUCCGGAGUGGGAUCUAACAAGCCAGGCGAGGGCAGGCGGGGCCCACGCGCUGGCGCUGGCGCGUGGCCGUGAGCGGCUGUUAACGGCUAGAUGGGAGCUGGUGCGAAGGAUAAGGAAUUCAUAUCAGGUGUAGAUUGAUUGAAGGUUUGGCUCAUCAAGACUAGGCGGACUGAUGAAUGGGGGAUAUGGGCAGGCUCUUGCUGACUGGCGGUAAGCCGGGACAACGCUCCAGUCCGGUAUGUUCAUACAGUAUGUACAGUACGGUUAGGGGUCGGCGUCGGGCAAGGUAGCGCAGAAGGACAGCUUUUGUGGGCGUCGGAGGGGUCAGGGCGCGGAGCUGCCACACGUCAACGCGGGUGUGGCUGGGGCCACGAUAUUACAGGGUCGUGGACGUUGUAUCGCUCGCUUACCACAGUUGUGUUAGCGGCAUAGGUACAUACAAAUAGAAUACUUCGGUCGCGACUCUUUUAUCGCUCGCAACGCUGCUGAGAAUCAAGCUACAUUAUUUUCAAGCGUCGAGCUUU